GAAAGUUUGACCUUGGAUAUUGAAGAACACGAGGUCACUUGAUGCGUUUAUACAGUUUUCGUGUUACACGAUGAAACGUCAGCCUCCAAGUGUUAUAGUCGGAACGUCUAAAUCCAAGAUGCGUCAAACGACCUUGGUCCCCACCGAGAAUCUUUCACAGUCAAUAAAUGAAGAAUUGUGGGAAAAUACCGUCUCUCUGUUAGUAUAUACACAUCCCAAGUGUGAACCCAGUAGCAAAGUAAUACUUCAGGCUAGAAAUAAAUCCGUAUUACGAUUAGAUUUUAGGCCUAGAUAUGGACGGAACAAUUAUUGUUCCAUCUUCAGGAAAAGUUUUUCCAAAAGACUACAAAGAUUGGAAAUUGAUCAACGACAAUGUUAUCCCUAAGCUCAAGGAAUAUUUUGAUAAAGGAUAUAAAAUUGUUUUGUUCUCUAAUCAAAAAGGUAUAACAAAAGGCUACCAAGAUAUACCUAGUUUCAAGUUAAAAAUAGAAAAUAUUGUAGAUAAAUUAAACAUACCAAUCCAAGGUUUGUUUUCUAUCUUGGAUGAUAGAAACCGCAAACCUCUCACCGGAAUGUGGGAUUUUCUUAAUGAAAAAGGUAAUGCUGGAGUCUCUAUUGAUUUGUUCGCAUCCUUGUAUUCUGGCGAUGCUGCUGGUCGUCCAGCUUCUGGAAAGCGUAAGAAAGAUCAUUCAUGUGCUGAUCGUUUAUUUGCCCAAAAUGUUGGAAUUCGCUUUUUAACACCAGAACAGCUAUGGUUUGAUCAAUUAGAAACAGAGAAAUUUGAGAUGCCUAAAUUCAAUCCAACUGAAUUGUUAACUAAUGACGAUGUACAAAACAGUAAAUUACCAAGAGUUGACCGACCAAACAAAUCAGAGCUUAUUUUAAUGGUAGGACCUCCUGCGUCUGGUAAAUCGCACUUUUGUAGUCGAGUGUUGGCACCAUUAGGUUAUGAAGUAAUUAGUAGGGAUAAUGUUGGUACAUGGCAAAAAUGUGUACAAGCUGUUGAACAAGCUAUAUCUAAAGGUCUUCCAGUUGUAGUCGACAAUACGAAUAUGGAUUUAGAGUCACGAACACGUUAUAUUAAAAUCGCUAAAGUAUGGGAUAUACCAGUGAAAUGUUUUAUCAUGGAGACAUCUAUGGAACAUGCUCAACAUAAUGAACGUUUUCGCGCUCUAACAAAUUCGUCGCAUAAACCAAUCAGUCAAAUGGUUUACAACAUGAUGAAAUCAAAAUAUGAAAAACCAACUAUGGAAGAAGGUUAUCAAGAAAUUAUAACUAUUCCAUUUAUAUUAGACAAGAAUAUGGAAAAUCUUUCAUUAUAUUGUAAAUAUUUAUUGGAAAAGUAACUAGCUGGAUUCUAUUUGUCUUUUUUUUAUUUUUUUUAACUAAUCGAUUAUUAUGUUAUUACAUUUCCUCUACUUCAUGCAAUAUCCUACAGUGAUAUUUUUACUUAAACUGUAUCCUUUCAUUGCCUGGUCCUAUGUUAUAGAUGACUGACCGACUGAUUGUAUCCCUUCAUAAUUUUAUUUUUUCAUGUUAUGUGAAAAAAACGACUGCAGAUUUUCUUUCUCCAAUACUCAUUUUGAUAUAAAAUAAAAUCUAUAUUUAUUUUGA